CGAGGAGCAAAUCUGCCUCUUUCCCUGACUUCUGCUGCUUAUGUGACUUCAACAGGAGUGAAGAACAUCUCUGGACGCAGCACACUCCCACCGGGCGCAAACGGAGGACGGGAGGCGGAAUCUCCACAGCGCAGCCGCCCCUCAGCCGUGUUCCCGCCCUCGGCCUGGCGGAGCGUGCGCAUUGCGGAGCGGCCAUGAAUGAGAAGGAUGAAUAGCAUCAAACCUGGACAAAACUCUGAGGGCCACUCCGUGACAUUUUCUCCCCUUGAAACAAGGAAUCACUGAUAGCUACCCCUGGGGUGCAUGCGUGGGCAGCACCCCUGGACCAGCUGGCAGGAGCUACUCUGAACUGGGAGCUGCUCUUCCUGGCUGAUAGGAGAGCAGCAGUGUGGAGGCCGAAGGCUGCUGGUCCAUGAGUUGCAGGCUGUUGACUGACUUGCAGGUGAAAUGUUCAGGAUACAUCAAUUUUUCAUUAUCCCAGCUUUGCCACUUUUUUUUUUUUUUUUUGCCACUAAUAUUAGGAGAACAACCUGUUUCUUAUGUAACAAAUCAGCAGUUUCUUCUGAGGUGAGUGGCAAUGUCUCACUGGGCCAGAUUCCCCUGCGCUGUUGCCAGAGUCAGCCUGCUGCUCCUACUGCUUUCUGCAGUGUUUUUCUGGUCAAGCCUAAGCGACAGAAUUCCUGAAUUUGCCCUUACGAAAAUAGAAGAGAGCGACACGAGAGAUGGCAGCGGGAAAGAGCCAAUAGCAGAUGAUGGCGCUGAUCCCGAGGACCUGGAAGUGUUUUACCCGACGCGUCAGUGGCAGGCUGUCCGUCCAGGUCAAGCUGUUCCUGCAGGGUCACACGUUCGGUUAAAUCUGCAGACAGGAGAGAGAGAAGCCCGGCUUCCAGACAGUGAAAGUGGGAAAAGUGACACAAGAGAAGAGAGAAGGAGAAAAAGGCUGAACAAGAUGGAUAUUGACACAAAUUCUUUCACAUCCCAGGAGCUCAAAAAGGCAUUGGCUAAAAUGAAGGAAAGUGAGAAGGCAGAAAGAAUGGCCCACGAGGAAGAAGUAAGGAAGAAGUUCCGUCCCAUAGAGCAACUGAAGGAAGAGUUUGAAAAGCUCAAUGUGAAGAUGGAGACGGAUUAUGAAAUCAUGGAUAAACUGAUCAGCAAAUUUAACAGCUCUGCUUCCACGCUGGAUGAAAAAGUAGCGGCGCUUUAUGAUCUUGAAUAUUAUGUUCACCAGGUGGACAACGCGAAGGAUUUCCUGUCCAUGGGCGGACUGCGGCUGGUGAUCGAGGGCCUGAACAGCACAGAGGCUGUCCUGAAGGAGCAUGCUGCCUUUGUGCUGGGAGCUGCGCUCUCCAGCAACCCCAAAGUCCAGAUAGAAGCGAUUGAAGGAGGAGCGCUGCAGAAGCUGCUGGUCAUUGUGGCUACAGAACAGCCACAGGCUGUCAAGAAGAAGGCACUCUUCGCUCUCUCCUCGCUGCUGAGGCACUUCCCCUAUGCCCAGCAGCAGUUCCUCAAGCUGGGUGGCCUCCAGGUGCUGCGUGGGCUCUUCAGACAGCCAGGGAGCUCAGCCCUGUGUGUCCGUGCUGUGACGUUGCUCUAUGACCUCUUCGUGGAGAAGAUGCUGCUGGAGGACUCUCAGCACAGCGACCAAGCGGAGGAGAAGGUGCAGCAGUACCGGCGGGUGCAGCUGGUGCCAGCGGUGCUGGAACAGGACUGGUGUGUGGCAGUGCCAGGGCUGCUGGCUUUGCCAGAGCACGACGCACGUGAGAAGGUACUGAAGGCGGUGGCUGUGCUGAUGGCGUUCUGCAGGGAGCGCUUCCGCAGGGACACGGCCCUCAGUGCCACGCUGGGGCUGCUGCGCAGUGAGUAUGAGGAGCUGGCAGCUGCCGAGCGCAGGGACGGCGAUGGGGAUGGGUACUUCCAGGAGCUGCUGGGCUCUGUGAACAGCAUCUUGCAGGAGCUGGGCUGAGGCCGGAGCUCAGAUGGGUCAGGAUAACGGUGUGAUGUGUGGUGUCACCUGUGUAAGUGCACUUUGAAUAAAUGGCUGAGCUAAGGAAGUCUCCCCAG